CCUUGUCUAACGGAGCUCCGCCAUUGUUCGUACAAGGAGCCAGCGACUGAACUACAUUAUGGCUCACACUAGCUGUUCUGUUCUUGGCUGCACAACCCAACACAGCACUAUACAUAGUCUCCCAGCCUCAGAGGAUUUACUAGUCCAGUGGAUUCAUUUUAUAUAUGAUGGCAAUGUCCCGGCUAGAGUCGGCAAAAGACUGUAUGUGUGUGCGAACCACUUCUUGACGGACUGUUUUCAGAACCUCGGUCAGGUCAAUGCCGGACUGGCUAAAAGACUGUUGCUGGUAGAGGGAGCAGUACCAACAGUCCGAGGCAGCACGGUAGAGGAAGUAACUGCAAGCACAUCUCGACUGGUGGAUAGGGUACAUCAUGUGGCAUGCCAGACGGACCCACCAUCAACACGCAAAAUUGGAACACAGCUUUCAAUGAAGACUCUCCAACCUCAUUUCAGAAGUACAGGCACACAGAAAACAGUUUCCUGCACUGAUGUUGGUGUUGGCACCUCAGCUGUUGCAUUCUCUGCAUCACUGCCAACACAAAUAAAGAGACCAUGUAAGAGACGUCGCUUGGAACAGGAGGAGAAGGAGGAAGAGGAGGAGGAGGAGAACCCUUUAGAAGGCAGUUCUGUUGACAUUGAAGAACCACAUGAUUCUACAUAUGACCCUGCAGACACCUUGACCGAGUCAGCAGAUGUGACAAUGGAAUAUUCUACCCCUGUCCAUAAGACUCCAACUUACAUUGUGUAUGAAAGCUGCCUAAUGGAGCUGUUUGAAGUGUGCCCUGUGUGUAAGCGGGAAUGUGACGUGCAGAGAAGAAAAUUAGGCACGUUCCUCUCUGUAGAACAGCGGUGUCCGCAUUGUGAGUUCUCCAGAAAGUGGAAUAGCCAGCCUAUUGUUGGGAGCACUCCUGCUGGGAACCUGCAGCUGUCCACAGCAGUGUAUGCCACUGGUGCCUCUUUCUUUAAGCUUGAAAAGAUCUUCCGGGCAAUGCAGUUGAAGAUGUUUCACUAUGACUCCUUUCGAAGGCAUGUUCGGAUGUACAUAGAGCCUGCGAUUGUACACAGAUGGAAGACAGCCCAGACUGCAAUGUUGGAGCAGCUCAGUGAGCAGCAGAGUGUCAUCCUUGGUGGUGACUUGAGAGUAUACUCACCAGGACAUUCUGCCAAGUUUGGCAGCUACACAAUGAUGGACCUGAGGAGCAACACUGUUAUUGAUCUACAGCUGGUUCAAAGUAAUGAGGUUGGUGGAAGCUACCACAUGGAAAAAGAGGGUCUGAAGAGGAGCCUUGCUGUGUUGGAGGACCGGGGUGUGACUAUAGAUAGUAUUGUGACGGACCGUCACCCCCAAAUCCAGAAGUUCCUGAGGGAGGCCAAUAUCAUGCAUUACUACGAUGUGUGGCACAUGGAAAAAGGACUGUCCAAGAAACUGUUGAAGAUAUCACAGAACAAGGAGUGUGAGAAACUAAAGAAGUGGCUUCUCAGUAUAAAAAACCACAUCUACUGGACUGCUGCUUCCUCUACAUCAGGGCCAGAGAGAGCAGCAAAGUGGAUGUCCAUUCUCAACCACGUCCAGGACAUCCACACCCACGAAGAUCCUGUUUUCCCCCAGUGUCUGCAUCCAACCCGCACUUCAAGGGACAAGAGCAAAUGGUUGACAGCAGGAACAACAGCCUUCUGCAGACUGGAGAAGGUAUUGACCAACAAGAGGGUCCUCAAAGAUGUGGAGAAGCUUAGCCCUCAUUACCAAACCUCAUCACUGGAGGCUUUUCACAGCGUCAUUCUACGUUUUGCGCCCAAGAGUGUUGUCUUUCCUUUUCUUGGAAUGCUGUGCAGACUAUACCUGGCAGCCCUACACUUCAAUGAAAAUGUAGGGCGUCUACAGGCAACAACCUCAGCUGGGGAGGGAGAAUGCACAGCAAAGCCAGUGAAGGAGCAACCAACCUUCCAUUAUGUGGAUGAAAUCUUGGACCUGGUUUUUGAGAAGGUUUUUCCGGACCCUGGCCCAUACGCAGAUGAGGUGUUGAAGAUCUCCAUUCCUGAGGAUCUUUCUGCGCAGUUCGACAGACCGGACAAGAAGAACCGAACGUACAUGCCUUGAGUGUCGGAACUCUGUCCGUAUACGCAGCACCACACAGCUGGGCAGUACCACACAAACACCCCAACACCAGCUCACAAAGCUCCUAUAGGCCAAGUAUCUGUAACGGCUGAACAGAGUGGACAUAUUUAGUUAUACAUUUACAUUUAUACAUCAUUUUUUUGUUUGAAAUAUUAAUAUUACCUAUUGUUUAACAAUAGGAAAAAAACAAGUUGUACAUUAAUAACUUUUUGAAUAAUUCUUUUAACAGUUGUGUGUUGUUUGCUGUACUUGCAUUUCUAAAAAUAAAACUAUGUACGCUGUA